CAAAAUGUUGUUACAAGACAGUAUCCUCAUCCUCACUCGAAUCAUGCAGUGCCCGCCCUCAAUGCAUAUUAAAGCAUAUAAAAAAAGGAAGGUGAGAAAUACUCUCUGCAAUUCCCCAGGGCCUACUCCUUGUCGGAGUCAUUGACAUCAUCCUCAUAGUCAGAAGCCUCAGGUGAUCCUAUACCAUUAUCCACUUCCUCAUCCUCAUCUGAUCCACCAACAUCAGACUCCUCUUCUCCUCCCUCCUCAAAGUCACUGCUCAUCAGAUGUUGAGUGUUAACAUCUUUAUUUUCGGACAGUUCCAUCUUGCCUCCCAAAACCCAUUUCAAGAUAGAUAGCAAGUUUGGAGGAGCUCGGGGAAGGCGCCAAGGCAUUGCAUGAUGUUUUGGUGCAUGAUCUACCAAAGAUGCAGAAAGAGAAGCCAGCAAGAGUCUACCAUGCUACCUCCACUGUGUGUGACCGGUGUGGCCGCGACUUAUAUGGCUCUGCAUAAGAUUUGAGACUAGAGGUAGUUUCCAUAGAUAGCAAUAGCCUGUCUUCUUUUUCUACAUUAUAUGUUUCAUAUCAAUCGAUAUACCCAACUUUACCCUUUCGUAGAAAGUAUCAUCACUGUACUCCAGAUAUCUGAUUUAUACAGAAUCAACUAUUUGGUGCUAGUUAAAACCAUUA